AUGAUGAAUUACUUUGGCUGGAAAUGGAUUGGGAUUAUUGCAUCUUCUGAUGAUUAUGGAGAAAUGGGAAGUUUUAACUUAAAGAAGGAAAUACUCAAGACAGGUGCUUGCAUUGCUUUCUUUGAAACAAUACCUAAAAAUAACUACAAGAAUAAAGUGGCCUACCUUAUUGAUGUUAUCAAAGUAUCAUCAGCAAAUGUAAUUGUUCUUUAUGUCACUACAGCUAGAAUUUUAGCAUUAAUGGAUGAUAUCGCCAUGGCAAAUAUAUCAGGCAAAGUCUGGAUCACAACAACUAAUUGGCCCAGUGCACAAGAAUUUGGUAAGAAGCAGGUUUUGAAAACAAUAAAUAAAACCCUCGGGUUUGAACUUUAUUCAGGAAUUAUUCCUGGGUUCAAAGAUUUUCUUCUCAAUCUCCACCCAUUCAGAUACCUAGAUGAUAUUUAUAUCAAAGAAUUUUGGCAAAAGGCAUUUGGCUGUAAGUGGUCAAACCAAAACUCAGCUUUAUGGAUGAAGGAUACAGAUAGUUUUAAUGGGACUAUACACUGUACAGGCGAAGAAAUGUUACAAGAUCUCCAUAAGUCUGUGUAUGAUGUCACUAACUUUAAAAUGUCUUAUACAUCAUAUAAUGCUGUCUAUGCUAUAGCAUAUGCGUUUCAGACCAUGACUGUUUGUGACACACCUGGUCCUUUUACUAACGGUACCUGUGUGGAUAUGAAUAAUUUUCAACCAUGGCAGCUUCUUCAUUACUUAAAGACUGUCCAUUUCAAGAACACUGGGGGUGAACAAAUAUUUUUUGAUGCGAAUGGUGACCCUCCAGCUUCAUAUGAUAUUAUAAACAGUCUGGUUUAUGAAGAUUUUACAAACAAAUAUAUUAAUGUUGGCAGCGUGUCUUCACUCACGUCACAUGGCGGUAUUACUAUCGAUAAGACAGCUAUUUUUUGGAAUAAUGAAAACAAUGAGAUUCCACUCUCACUGUGUAGUGAAACUUGUUCCCCUGGUUACCGGAGGUCUUUACGAAGAGGGCAGCCUAUUUGCUGUGCAGACUGCAUUCCAUGUUCCAUCAAAGAGAUUGCCAAUGAAACAGACACAAAUGAUUGCUGGAAGUGUUCAUCUGAGUACUGGUCAAAUGAAAACCAUGAUAGGUGCAUCCUUAGGACAACUGACUUCCUGUCCUAUGAAGAGCCACUGGGAAUAACUCUAACUACAAUUUCUGUUUCUUUCACAUUUGUGACAGGAUCACUUCUAUGUAUAUUUAUUAAAUUCCGUACCACAGCUAUAGUUAAAGCUAAUAAUCAAAAAAUUAGUUACAUUCUCCUCAUUUCACUCAUGCUAUGCUUUCCUUGUUGCUUGAUAUUUAUUGGAUAUCCAAUACGAUUAACCUGUAUGCUUCGUCAAACUGCUUUUGGGGUAAUAUUUUCAAUCUGCAUCUCUGCAAUAUUGGCAAAGACAGUUACUGUUGUAAUUGCAUUCCGUUCCACAAAACCAAAUAGUAAAAUGAAGAAAUGGCUUGGACCAGUAAUCCCUUACUGUACCAUUACAGCUGGCUCACUUGUUCAGUUAACUAUAUGUAGUUUAUGGCUAAUUGUGUCACCUCCCUUUCAAACAGUGAACAAAGAAUCAUAUCAUGAGAAGAUAGUCAUUGAGUGUGAUGAAGGCUCUAGAUCAGCCUUUUGGUGCAUGCUGGGAUAUCUUGCUCUUCUAGCUAGUAUAAGCUUUAUUGUGGCAUUUCUUGCAAGAAAACUGCCAGAUGCUUUCAAUGAGGCAAGGUUCAUCACUUUCAGUAUGUUGGUGUUUGCUAGUGUUUGGGUCUCAUUUAUCCCUGCAUAUUUAAGUACACAAGGAAAAUACAUGGUGGCAGUUGAAAUUUUUGCCAUUUUGUCUUCUGGUUUUGGAUUGCUUGCUUGUAUAUUUCUACCAAAGUGUUAUAUUAUUCUGCUACAUCCUGCUAUGAAUACCAGAGAGAGUAUCAUGGGAAAGUCUGCUAUUACUAACAGAAUGUUUUAA